UAUGCCUUUUCGGUGUGGGACCCAGCCAAGGAGGUUUCCAGUGGAAGGAGGAGAUUCUUCAACUGGGCUGGAAUCCGGGCUGAGCUCCAGUGCUGCCUGUCAUGGGAAAGAGAUGUCACCAACUAGGCAACUCCGAAGAUGCCCUGGAAGUCAUUGCCUGACAAUAACUGAUGUUCCUAUCACUGUCUAUGCAACAAUGCGAAAGUCACCUGCACAAAGCAGCAAGGAAAUGCAUCCUAAAUAG